UUGUGCAGAGGCCGCGAGGAUAAUAAUCACUCGCAUUUAUAAUCUGGGAUGGACCCUAGUCCGAAGCCGGCCAGUGCCCCUCCCCACAACUCAAACAGCACCCACGACGGCGCUGAUACGCACCAGCCAAAGCCGAGGAAGUCGCGGAACAAGCAGCCCUCCGCUCUCCCUCGCCCAUCCGACCCCCCGGACAACCCGGACGGCCGCAGUACGUCCCGCCUGUCCAACGUCCGCGACCAGCCUCCGCCCGACGCGCCUCGCUUCACCGCCCAUCUCCAGCCCUAUCCCGGGCCCACGUCCCCCGCCUACGUGAUGAACCCGUCCUACCCAGUGAAUGGUAAUCCGUACCCAUCCUCGCCCUCGCCCUUCCACCAGCCCGCCGCGGCGCCCUCUCCGGCCAACGGCCAGAGCCCACACAUUCCCUCGGGCAUGCCGAACCACGUUGCUCACUACUCGUAUGCCCUCCAUCAUCCCUCCUCAUACCCGCAGCAUGGCUAUCCUUCAUACCCGUCCUACCCGUCCUCGGGCAUGAUGCACAUAUACAGCAGCCCCCAGUCCGGCCAUCCAGAGAGCAGCGCGCGCAGCCCCGCUAUCCCGUCGCCUGCACCACCAUCCGCGUCCACCGCGGGCACUAAGCGUAAAAGGAAGUCUUCCGAUGGUCCUUUCGAUCCCAGGGCAUCUAAUCAAGGCCAUCCAACAGAUUCUAGCGGUGACAUCGUGCGCACGUCAUCGACGCAGGGCUCCUCAACCACCGUCGUCGACACCAAGAAGCGUACCAAGACUCAGCGCGCAUGCGACAGCUGCCGGAGUCGCAAGAUCAGAUGCGACGUCCUUUCCGACAGCGAUCCGCCCGUAUGUCAGCAUUGCAAGCAGUACGGCUUCGAAUGCACGUUCUUCCUUCCAAUCACCGAGACGCGGUUCAAGAAGAAGAAAUUGGAGGAGGAGGCGGCACAGGUAGCAGCGGAGAAGGACAAGGAGGGUGAUCGGAGUACACAUUCGCCGCAGGCCGACAACGGGAAGAACGCAGAUGUCAGAGUGUUCGGCCCGACUUCCGCGACCUACAUGUUGCACUCGCAAGCGAUGAUCUCGUCGCGCGCGUACGAGUCGUUCGACAUGCGAUACCACCACUCCUGGGACGUGAGUUCAACAAGUGGGGAUGGCGUUAUUCGCGUCCAUGAACCGCAGCAAGGCGAACUCCAGCUCGCGCUUCCAAAACCAGUCGACUUGCGGAUUGAACGAGACGUUGUCGAGAAGCUCGUCAACGCGUACUUCACCGACGUCGCUCCCAUGCUGCCCAUCGUAACGCGCGACGAGUUCAUCGCGAGCAGCCCUCCACCACCGGUGCUGCUGUAUGCAAUGUGCCUGAUCGCUGCGGCGAGUCGGGAUGUGCCCCAGAACGUGUACGACUCAAUACGUUACGCCGUGAACAGCCUCAUCAAGGCAGAGGACGUCAUGAGCACGGCGUCGACGGUCAACAUGCAAGCCUUGCUGAUCUUGGCGAUGUGCGGUGACUGUCACUCUCAGUUCGUGCCUAAUGCCCUUUCUGCUCUGUGGAUUCGGCUCGGAUGCGCCAUCCGAAUGGGACAGGACCUCGGGUUCCAUCGCGCAGAGUCGGUCAAGCAGAACAUCGAGCUCCGGCGACGAUUGUGGGGCAUCUGCGUGAUAAGCGACCGCUGGAUAAGUCUGACUUAUGGGCAUCCGUACAUGAUUGACGUCCAGGACUGCGAUGCACGGCUGCCGUCGUCCGGGGACCCGAAUGACAGGUACCUCGACGAGCUCGUCCGCUUGAGCGUUGUACUGGGCAGGGUAAUGAAGGCAAUAUACACUCCUGCUGGCCUGACCGUCACUACGGACGAACAACUGUACGCGUUACUCGCAGAGAUUGACGCAUGGAAGUCUAAGCUCCCUGAGGACCUACGGUUCCACGGCCCCGACACACCUCAGAACGCUGGGUUGCUCUUCAUGUUCUACGUCUGCGUGAACAUUCUCUUCUGGCGCGUCUUCAUGCGUAUAUCGUACGCGUGCCCUGCGCAUCUCAAGUUUGCCCUGACCGUCGAGAAGUGGACGGAGCUUGUGCAACUGUCGGGCCAAGUGAUUGACUGGCUCGACGCGCACGAGCAGCUGUAUGACGUCUGGUUAUUGGUCGCUUAUUGUGCUACGUCGUGUGCGCUUGUCCAGUAUCACACAUGGGCGAGGCGACGGGACCCAGAAGCGCAAGCGAGGCUGAAGAAGCUCCGGGACUGUAUACGGAAGUGGGAGGCUUCUCUCUCGCCUGACCAUAUGUCAGCACGACGAAAGAAUGCGGAGAUCAUCGCGCUCCUAUACGAGGCAACGCAGGGUCAGCAGGACCCGACCGCGUUACCCGCGUUGAACCCGACGGGCGGUGUUAAGGGUAAGCCGCCCUUGACAAAUUCGCUGGUGUUCAAGAAGGACCCGUCGAGGCCUGGUGGAGGUGUCUUCGUCGCGCACACGAAGCCGAAAGAGGGCGAGGUCGAUGAACAUUUACCGGAGGGCACAAUUAUCAGCGGAGAUGCUACUGAAGGUGAGAUGCCCGCGGAUGCGGUGUCUGGCGUUGGAGCAAGCAAUGACCUCGCCGUCUCGUCCGUUUCUUCCUCCGGUUAUCCGGCGUGGUCGUCUGCGUCGGUAGCCGGGAGCUCGGGACAGGACCGGCAGCAGCACCAACAGCCGCAGGUGUCAUCGCAACGGCCGCAAGAGCAGAUGCAGCAAGAUGCUCCCAUGGUACAGUACCCCCAAAGUGACGGGAGCUACUCGAACGUCAACCCCGUGCUGAACGACCCAUCGCUACCCGGGAACGUGCAGGUGAUGAAUGUGUUGGAUGUACCCCAGGCGUCCAACACGCUCGAGCAGCUCGCCAUGGCGGAUACUGCCUUCAUGGAGGGUAUUCCUAACAGUAUGUUCGAGUGGAACCAAUGGGACCACUUCUUCGCCCGGUUCGCGCCCCAGCUGCCCCAGUUCCAGCAGCAGCAACGGGGCGACGCCGGGAUGCAACCCGCGUCGUCACCUCAAGCGCACACACCUCAGCAGCAAUACCAUUAUCCUUCUGGGAUGUAGUGUGCAUUAUGUUUAGUGUUUCUGUCUUGGGACCCGGUUGCUUAGGCGGGGUGGGGUGUAUUGGCUGAAGACUUAAAGUACUUUAAUAGCUUUUACUGCGCUCUUGCAAUGUCGUACUGUGUUGGCUCUCCUGAUGUUUGUCUCUAUAACCGUCUCCUCGUUAUCGCGAUUGCUUUCGAGCUUGUGCAUUAGCCUACUUCAUGGUCGCGGGACGAGGACACAGCCACGCCGAUUGUCGGACC